CCUGCGUGAAAAACGAGAUGGGCAAAUGGCUGGAUGUAACUUCAUUUGAGGAUGGCAGGUAUGAUGGAGGGAGGAGUGACAUUUUCCCAAUGGACUUUUUCCUUCCUCCACAAAGGACAUGCCUAAUCUGCUCUGACGAAGCAUCGGGAUGUCACUAUGGAGCCCUCACUUGUGGAAGCUGCAAAGUGUUCUUUAAGAGAGCUGCUGAGGGGAAGCAGAAGUAUCUCUGCGCUAGCAGGAAUGACUGCACCAUAGAUAAACUGAGGAGGAAGAACUGCCCAUCCUGCCGCCUGAAGAGAUGUUUUGAGGCUGGAAUGACCCUGGGAGCUUUACUUUGGCUGCCACCUGACUCAAACUACGUUAAAACUUCUGAAAACCAUCUAUUUCUACUUCUAGGGAAGCAGAAGUAUCUCUGCGCUAGCAGGAAUGACUGCACCAUAGAUAAACUGAGGAGGAAGAACUGCCCAUCCUGCCGCCUGAAGAGAUGUUUUGAGGCUGGAAUGACCCUGGGAGCCCGCAAGCUGAGGAAGAUCGGACAGAUGAAAGGUCCGGAGGAGGUCGGCCCCGUUCAGGGCCCAUCAGAGACAGUCCAGUGCAUGUCGCCCAAGCCAAGCCUGACGUUCCACUCACAGUUGAUCUUCCUGAACAUCCUGGAGGCCAUCGAGCCCGAGGUGGUGAACGCCGGCCAUGAUCACGCUCAGCCUGACUCAGCAGUUGCACUCCUCACCAGCCUUAACGAGUUGGGAGAGAGGCAACUUGUCAAGGUAGUGAAGUGGGCCAAAGGACUUCCAGGUUUCCGUAACCUGCAUGUGGAUGAUCAGAUGACGGUCAUACAACACACCUGGAUGGGAGUGAUGGUCUUUGCUCUGGGUUGGAGGUCCUACAAGAAUGCCAACGCGCGGAUGCUGUACUUCGCGCCAGACCUGGUCUUCAAUGACCAUAGGAUGCAUAUCUCCAGCAUGUACGAGCACUGUGUUCAGAUGAAGCACCUCUCGCAGGAGUUUGUGCUGCUGCAGGUCACACAGGAAGAGUUCCUCUGCAUGAAGGCCCUCCUUCUUUUCAGCAUCAUUCCAGUGGAGGGGCUGAAGAGUCAGAAGUAUUUUGAUGAGCUGCGUCUGACAUAUAUAAACGAGCUUGAUCGUUUAAUCAACUAUGGCAGGAAGACCAACUGCGCCAUGCGCUUCCAUCAGCUGACCCGAUUGAUGGACUCACUGCAACCAAUUGUUCAGAAGUUGCACCAGUUCACCUUUGACCUCUUUGUCCAAGCUCGGUCCUUGCCCACAAAGGUCAGCUUUCCCGAAAUGAUUGCAGAAAUAGUCUCGGUCCAGGUGCCAAAGAUCCUCGCCGGCCUGUCUAAACCAAUCCUGUUUCACAAAUGACAAGACUACACCCCUGAACCACUCAUCCAUAUCAACCCCACCCAGGCCAUAUGAGCCAGUCAGUUUGGUCUGAUCCAGCCUAAACCAGCCUGCCAUGCUUUUAAUCUGGACUCGAAUCGAGCGACGGGACUGAACGAUACUGAUUUUUUUGAUUUUCUAUUUUUUAGAAUUUCGCCCCCCACCCUCCUCUCCCUCCUCCCUCCUCCCCCUCCUCCCUCCCUUGCAGUCUCGUCUCUCUCUCCUUUUGAAAAAUGGCUCUGAAAAGUAGCAGGACCAUUACAUCAUUACAGUUGUCUAUCUUCUCCUCAGAGAUCAUUUGAGCUCAUUUUCUCAAACUGACAGCAUGGUGUGAAGCAGGUUUUGUUCUUUCUUUCGACUAGCAGUUAUCCUUCAAGAGUUACAGCGUGUUGCCUGGUGGACAGGUUGGGAAAAAAAUAUCACACUGAAGUUUCAUCUGAGCCCUUAAUAAAAAAUUUAAAAAAACGGACAUUAUGCAGCUCUCUAUCAGAGUCUGUGACCUGCCUCCACUCUAUGCAUCUUAAUAUAAAAAGGUUUCAUUUGUUGUCCAUAACUUGAGAGAUCAGGAAAUGCAAAGCAGUAUGCAUAGAGAAAAACUACUGAACGUGAGACAAACGGUGACAGAAUCUCUUCGCUUGUGACAUUUACUCUUGUGAGUUAGAACAACACGCUACUAAAUACAGUAUUGUAGUAUUACAACAGUAUUUCAGUACUGCAGGCUGACUAUCAGUCUCCUCCCUGCUUUAUUAGUUUAUUGAUUGUAAAACAAGUGCUUCAUUCAUUUCUUAUGAAAUGUAGAGGCUCUUUAAAAGCUUUUAAAAGAGGCAUCAUUCUUUUGGGAUCAGACAAUUUGAGACUUUUUCAUUCAGUUGAAAAUCUGUCACAGUUGUGUUUUGCCACUAAGAAUGAAAGAACAGCACAAUAAAAAAUAAAAAAAAGUCAUCAAGAGUUGCCGCCUCCAGACAGCAGAGAUGUGUUAAGAUGGGGCUCAGUGCCCUCUUUUGCAACCUGGAUAUUAAAGUGCAGGUUUUAGGGUAUAUUGUUGACAGUUUGUACAUAGAACAUAAAUAAAUCAACGCUUGGGUCAGCAAAGAAGAUCUUCAAAUAUAGCCUAUACACAUAUAUAUAAAUCUAUGCAUGCUGUCUUCAUAUCCAUCAACAAAAUAAAAAACAAUUGCAUGAUAAAGCCUUAGAUAUUCAAACAAACCAAACUGCAUUUCCAGUAAGCUAAAUGGAUAUUGUUAGGAAACGGGACUGUUUCCCAUAAGGCUCUUAUGAAGUUGAUCUCUCUUUCACUGUCCUUAAUGGAAGAUUUGGCAAGGUAAUGUUCUUGUAUAUAUAUAUCUGUAAAAGUUGAGCGUGGUUCUUUUAAAUCUUUCUAUGUGCUAAUGUAUGGAUGUAGUCAAUAGUUUUACUCUUUCCUUUAUAGUAAGUGCCACUGAGGGAUUUGUAUUUCUCCGCGCUAGCAAUAAGCAAUCACAUGCUUAACACACUCUUUUAACUAGCUCUUUUAGAAUACCAAAACAUGCUUCAAAUGGUGCACAGCUUU